AUGUGCUGCGACGACGACGAGGCGAAGACGCACUGCAAGAUCUUUCUGCAGUGGUAUGUCAAGAACUCGGGCAGAUGGGAGGUUUGCCUGGGUCCGGAGGAGCACGAGUGGAAGCGUGAAGUGGCAGCUGCCAUCACGGUUACGGAGGUGUGGAAGUGUUUGGUCGUUGAGGCCGACGCGACCGUGCUGUUGCGGAAAAGGAAGGAGGAUCGUACGCACAGGAAGCGGUGGAUGCUGGCAUUCGCCGAGAAAGACAAGACUGGCUCCGUCGCGGAAAUAUCUAGGUGGAUCGCCGGGCCCCUGUCGAGAAACUUCGACCUCACGCUUGAGCAGACUUUCGUGAAGCAAGCGGCGACAGCUCAAGACAUCGCCCUGUUCCUCGACACUCUCUGGAUCCGAGCCAGCGAUAUCCCGCUCACUGCCUCGACGCGUAUCGCUUUCCACACAUACAUGUUGGUAGCGGGCAUCGGCGGUUUCCGAAAUGCGUCGAUCCUAGGCUUGCCUUACAAACACAUACGUUUUGCCUUGGUGCGAGAUCUGGAUGAUCCGGCAUCCACGAAGUUAAUCGCCCACAUUUUGAUUAUUCAGAACAAGCGCCGGAAGGGUAUACGCCGCAACCAGGAUGACAAGAUUGAGUUCACCAUCACGUUUGUGCUGGGUCGCUUUUUCUGCCUUCUUAGCUUGCUUACUGCUCGCGCCCUAGCCGACGACGCGUUUGAGGUCGGGUAUGAGACGUUUGACGAUCUGCUGAAUCACCCGCGCCUGGAGCGGGGGUCCGACUACCUGCCUCUCCCGCUCAAAGACGACGUGCUAGACCGGCGGGCUAUCCCUCCCCGGCCUCUGACGCAGCCUCUAGGUAUUCUUGAGCCUUCCUUGCGAAAUUACAUCCUGUCGCACUCGUCGGGCAUGUUCCAGCACAGUUACCAGCCUCGGCGCUUGGGGCGAGACCUGGGUACAAUUGCUUUCGGCCAAUUGGGCGGCGGUAGUGGCGAUGAGAGAUUAUUUGAGUUCCUUCGUAACUCUUCCCUUGGCCGUGACGAACGGGCUCCCGUCAGCCCGACUGCCGAAGACCUAGCGGGAUUCCAACGGCGCCGAGACAUCCAACGGUUACGUACCGAGCUUGAGGGUGUCACGGACCCCGCUGCCCGGAACCUUAUAUCGCACAGAAUAGCCGGCAUCGUGAAAUCUUUGUCCCGCCAGAGGGUGCUCCAGCUCCGCGAGACGUACUUUGCCGAAGCCGACCGAAGAAGAGGACUCGGGCUGCCAACUGAUGAUCUCGCAGGAGCCCCCACGGUCUCCCAGACGCCAGACAUGCGUGUAGGCCGGUUUAUGCGGCUGGUCGGUUCUGGGUAUGGGCUUGGCGCUAUGGAUCGAGGCCCGGGACUGGAACGAUGA